UCCUGUUUCUCAUUUGGGAUAAACAGUGCUGGAGUGUUGAGUUCUGCAGUCUCAAGGAACAGUGAACCCCGGGCUGAUCUCAGGUCAGAAUCAAUCGGAUUUAUGUUAUUCAGGAGCUGGAUUUAAUCCGGGCGGUAGGUUUAAUGAUAAUAGGCUAAUAUCAACUGGAACCGGGCUAACUCAUUGAAGAUGGAGCUGAGGACAAAUCUGCUUGUCCUGUGUGUUGCGUUUUUUGGCCACUUCUCCGCAUCAUCUGAAUUUAAAGUGAUUAAUUUGUUAGCGUUAAAUGACGCUCAACAGACGGCUGCAGCUAUAGAGAAUUUAUCUGGAGCGCUGCAGACAGUGGGAGAUCUGUACAUCACUUCCACUUUCAUGCUGCCACCCAAACUCGGCGGGGUUUUGUUUGGCCUCUACAACAAGGAGGACAACAAGAAGUACCUGGAGAUUGCUGCCAUAGGCAAGAUCAAUAAAAUACUUGUUCGAUACUUGCGGUCUGAUGGAAAAGCCCAUUCUGUCAAUUUACAAAAUCCUCUCCUUGCUGAGGGACGCGCACAGUCACUCAUUCUCAGAGUGGGCGGCCUGAGAAGCAAUCACAUAAACCUUGAACUUUACGUAAACUGCCGAUUGGUUGACUCUGCUCAGGGUCUUCCUUCAUUUGUCGGCCUUCCAUCGAAAGCUGAAUCUGUGGACGUUCGCACCGGACAGAAGUCUUAUGCCAGAUUACAGGGCUCAGUGGAGUCUGUUAAACUGGCUCUUGGAGGAUCUCUGGCUACAGCUGGUCUUCUUAUUGACUGUCCAGUCCAAGGAGAUUCGGCUAUAAACAAUGCAGUAACCAGUGACAUAAACGCCAUCCUCGGUGAUCACACCAAAGCUCUGAUUGGACAGUUAGUCAUCUUUAAUCAGAUCAUGGGAGAGCUUCGAGAAGAUAUCAGAGAGCAGACUAAAGAGAUGUCUCUCAUCAGAAACACCAUCCUGGAAUGCCAAGUGUGUGGGUUUCAUGAGCCUCAGUCACGCUGUCAGCCGAACCCUUGCUACAGUGGCGUGACCUGCUUAGAGAUCAUGAUGUAUCCAGGGUAUCAGUGUGGUCCCUGUCCAGAGGGAAUGACUGGCAAUGGAACACACUGUCAGGACAUUGAUGAGUGCAUUGCUCAGCCCUGUUUCUCUGCAGACUUGUGUGUGAACACAGCUAAAGGUUUUACCUGUGAGAGAUGUCCAAAAGGAUUCACUGGUCCAACACUCAGGGGAGUGGGUUUGGAGUUUGCCAAGAGCCACAAGCAGGAGUGUGUUGACAUCGAUGAGUGCGUUGAUCACUCGGGUGAUUGUGUGCCCAAUUCAGACUGUAUCAAUACAGUGGGAUCGUUCAUGUGUGGUCAGUGUAAAGCAGGAUUUGUGGGUAAUCAAACCACGGGAUGUUUUGCGAGAAGGACGUGUGCUACCCUGGGCUUUGACCCCUGUGAUGUGAACGCACACUGUGUGAUGGGCCGCAACGGUGACAUUUCAUGUGUGUGUAAUGUUGGAUGGGCAGGUAAUGGAAAUACAUGUGGUCCAGAUUCUGACAUUGAUGGUUACCCUGAUGAGCCUCUACCAUGUAUUGACAAUGACAAACAUUGCAGAGUGGACAACUGUUUGAAUACACCGAACUCUGGGCAGGAGGACACAGAUGGAGAUGGCAUUGGCGAUCAGUGUGAUGACGAUGCAGAUGGAGAUGGAAUUAAAAACGUUGAGGACAACUGCCGUCUGGUGCCUAAUAAAGACCAGCAAAACUCGGACACAGACUCCUAUGGUGAUGCGUGUGAUAACUGUCCCAGCGUUCCCAACGGAGAUCAGCUUGACAGUGAUGGGAACGGCAAAGGAGACAUCUGUGACAAUGACAUUGAUGGAGAUGGAAUUCCUAAUGUGUUGGAUAACUGUCCAAAGAUGCCCAACCCCAUGCAGACAGACCGAGAUGGAGAUGGUGUGGGUGAUGCAUGUGACAGCUGUCCUGAGGUCAAUGACCCAUUGCAGUCAGAUAUGGACAAUGACUUAGUGGGAGACGUGUGUGAUACAAACAAGGAUAGGGAUGGUGAUGGAUAUCAAGACACAAGAGAUAACUGCCCUGAAGUGCCCAACAGCUCUCAGCUGGACUCAGAUAAUGACGGCAUCGGGGACGAAUGUGACGAUGAUGAUGAUAAUGAUGGAAUUCCAGAUGUCCUCCCCCCUGGCCCGGAUAACUGCAGACUUGUUCCCAACCCCAGCCAAAAAGACUCUGAUGCCAAUGGAGUUGGUGAUGCAUGCGAGACCGACUUUGACAACGAUAAGGUGAAAGACUUGUUGGAUGUGUGUCCUGAAAGUGCAGAGGUCACUAUGACAGACUUCAGGGCGUUUCAGACGGUCGUUCUCGACCCGGAGGGAGAUGCUCAGAUUGACCCCAACUGGGUGGUACUCAAUCAGGGAAUGGAGAUUGUGCAGACCAUGAACAGUGACCCAGGUUUGGCUGUUGGCUACACAGCAUUUAACGGAGUUGAUUUUGAGGGCACGAUCCACGUCAACACUGCCACAGAUGAUGACUAUGUGGGCUUCAUCUUUGGAUAUCAGGACUCUUCCAGCUUCUAUGUUGUCAUGUGGAAACAGACAGAACAGACAUACUGGCAGAAUUUUCCAUUCAAAGCCUCAGCACAGCCUGGACUACAGCUCAAGGCGGUAAAGUCCCGUACAGGCCCUGGUGAGUAUCUGCGUAAUGCGCUGUGGCACACAGGUGACACACCUGGGGAAGUUACUUUGCUUUGGAAAGACCCAAGAAAUGUGGGAUGGAAGGACAGAACAUCCUAUCGCUGGCACCUCGCUCACCGUCCACAAGUGGGCUACAUUAGGUUAAAAUUGUUUGAGGGUACGACGCUGGUGGCAGAUUCGGGUGUGGUUAUAGACACCACUAUGAGAGGCGGCCGGUUAGGUGUCUUCUGCUUCUCUCAGGAGAACGUCAUAUGGUCUAAUCUCGGAUAUCGAUGCAACGAUUUCAUACCAGAUGAUUUUGUACUCUACCAGAAGCAGAUGAAUCUGAGGACAUAAGUUGGGCUCACCAUCCCUCUUAGUUUGUGUUUGUAUAUUUGUGUGCUUGUGUGUGUGCUUGUUGAGAGGAGUAAGAUUUUUAUCCUGUGAACGAUUUAAAAGUACAUUUUGGUGCUGACAAACAAAAUUGUACAAUAUGCUGGCCAGGUUUUUAUUGUGUAUUAAUAAUGUGUUUUAAUAUGAAUAUUUCAAUGUGGCAUAAACUUUUUCUUUGCUAUACAAGAAUCAACAACAAAAAUAAAUAUGUUGAUGAUUUCCUUGAUUCAUUCCUUUAAAUUACCUAUGUGUGAUUCCCAACAGGUCCUGUGCAUUUUAAACAUUUAUAAACCAAAUGUAAAUACAGUAAUUAUAUACUGUAUUUAUUAGUUUUUGUUUCACAUCCUCUCCACUAUGCAUAUGAACUGACACCAUUUUUAAGGACUGCCCCAGCAGCUGUGAACCUGGAGCGUUAUGCGUAUUAUUGUUAAUUUUUAAUAUUAUAGUAUUAUUAUUUUGAUGUUGGUCAUAUGUUGGUCAAUAUGUUGAUGUUUGUUUAUAUUGGUGUUGAUUUUUGAAGGA